UCUCAUACCGCAAACCAAGCUACACACUCAGUUAAACCAUGUACAUAGAAUUAAAUGAAAUAAGUUUGUUGAUCAAAAGUACAGAAAACUCAGUGUGAGCAAGUAAACAUAAAAAACUAGUAUGAAUUAAGUUUAAAUGCACUGUUUUAGCUUUAGUCAGGACAAUGUUUGCAUUUACAGUGUGGAGACAGCAGUUUUUCAUUCUGAGCUUAAUGAGCGAGCAGAAGCCGAGACAGGAGGACUUUCAGACGCGGGACUCACUGUGAGUCCAUGAGAGCUUGAACUGUGUAUUUCUCGCCAUGUUGAUUGGAUGAAACCUCUCAGGGAGAGAUGUUCUGUCGGAACGCGCGUGCUGUUAGAACAUACCUGAAGGUUCCAUUGUUACCAUGGUUUUUUUUUUAAGGUGCAUCGUUCAGAACCGAUCAUCUUUUAAACACAAACAAACUCCAGAUGAUCAGAAAACUGUUGGCUUUCUAUUUGCACUGGAUUUCUUUGAAAAAAGAGACAAUUACAUUGAGGAAAGAGACUUCAACGAGGACUUCUCAUCGCACCCGAGCAGCUACCUGACAGCUACUGUCACCAACGAGGAUUUUUACUUGGAAAAAAUGCAGCAGGACACCUGGACAGCGCUUCUUGUUCCUGUCCCCAGCCGCUCCAUCAUCCCUCAGGUGGUCCUCCACAGGGUCCCGGCGGCAGCCUCCCACAGCACUCCACCUCUCACCUCUCUCUCCCCUCCUGCCUCCUCCUCUGGCUCUUCUCGCUUUUCUCUCUCCUUACCAGGCUGCUCAUUCUGGCCUGUUGAGGCAUCAGGACCUCCUCCCCAGAAGAUCCCAAGGAGGGACCCUCAGCCGCCCCCUGAGCCUGUGGAAGCGCGCUCAACAGCUCGUGGCCAGAUCACGACGCAGCAGGACACCUGGACAGCGCUUCUUGUUCCUGUCCCCAGCCGCUCCAUCAUCCCUCAGGUGGUCCUCCAUAAGGUCCCGGCGGCAGCAGCCUCCUGCAGAGCUUCACCUCUCACCUCUCUCUCCCCUCCUGCCUCCUCCUCUGGCUCUUCUCCCUUUUCUCUCUCCUCUCCAAGCUCCUCAUCCUCUGCUCUCUCUUCAUUCUGGACUUGUGUUGAGGUAUCAGACCAUCCUCCUAAGCUCAUCCUGAGGAGGGACCCUCAGCCUCCCCCUGAGCCUGCAGAAGCACCCCCAGCAGAUGCCUCUGCCUCGCUCUCUGGCUCUUCUCUCUCUUCGCUCCCCUCGCCUUCUCUCCUCCCUCUCCUCUCUCCUCUCUCCUCCUCCUCUUCUAGCUCCUCGUCUCCGGACCAACCUGAGCAACCCAUCAGCUGUAUUUCAUUCUCUCUGUGCUUUGAUUUUUUGCGCUCCUGGUCUAGGUGCUCGUCUCCGGACAAACCCGAGUCACCCCCUGAGCCUGCAGAAGCACCCCCAGCAGAUGCCUCUGCCUCGCUCUCUGGCUCUUCUCUCUCUUCUCUCCCCUCGCCUUCUCUCCUCCCUCUCCUCUCUCCUCUCUCCUCCUCCUCUUCUAGCUCCUCGUCUCCGGACCAACCUGAGCCACCCAUCAGCUGUAUUUCAUUCUCUCUGUGCUUUGAUUUUCUGCGCUCCUGGUCUAGGUGCUCGUCUCCGGACAAUGAGUCGCCCCCUGAGCCUUCCAAGGUGCGCCCCCCUGGACCACCUGAACCACCCAGUCAGCGUUUGGAGGUGCGCCCCCCUGGACCACCUGAGCCAACCAGUCCACCUGGGUUGUUUGGGAACCAGCCUGAACCGCAGUGGGUGAAGGAUGUCCGGUCCUUCAUGGAGAGGAGGGAGCCAUAUGACUCCAUGGGGUGCAAAAGGACCAUUAAGGCUGAAGGUAGGUCUCCAGGUAAGCCAGAGUCGUUACGUCGUUAUCAUUACACAUUUUAAUUUCCUUACAUUUUUUGUGAAUGAUUUUGUAUUGAACUUUGCUUUGAAUUAGUUUGAAUUGAAUUGAUUGAGGGGCCAUGCAGCGUGAGAAUGGUGUUCUUGUUGCUGCACCAUGACUCAGGCAGGGUGUCUGCACAGAGCGAGUGUGAUCUGGGAGGGAUAGCGUGAACCUCCAACGUGUUUCGACCUCCCAGUGAAGCUGCUCUGUGACAGAGAAAGAAAAGGAUGGCGACACCAUGUCAAGGAGGUUCACAUGUCUGUCGACGCCCACCCUAGACCGACAAGAGUCUGCAGUGACAAGGGCCUCAUGGCAGGGGUCAGCUGUAGAAAGUUAGCAUGUAGGUAGCAUGUGUAGUUAUGCUAGAGAAGAAAUUAUUACAAUAGGGAAGAAAUCAUUUAGGAAGAGAAGGGAGAAGAGAAGAGGAAGGAAAAGGUAAGAUGUACGACAGGGAGGAGAGGAGGAGGAGUCCUUCAGAAGAAGAAGGUAAGUAUUUCAUGUUAUUAUCAGAUUUCAUGCAGUUAUGAAUUAUAUCACUGUUUAUCUGAUUUCUAAAGUUUUUAGCUCAAUCUGCUUGUCUUCUGUUUUUCUUUUAGAGAGAUGACGAGAGAGGAGAGGAGAGGAGGUGGAGGGCAACAUG